AUGGUGUAUCUCAAGGUGUCGGCUCAAAAGGGGAGAGAUCGAUUCAGCAAGGUUGGCAAGUUAGCUGUGCGCUACAUAGGGCCAUACCGAAUCAUUGGAAGAGUUGGAGUAGUGGCUUAUCGAUUGGAGCUACCUCCAGACAUGAAUUUGCAUCCUGUGUUUCAUGUUUCUUUGCUAAGGAAACAUGUACCGGAUCCAAAUGCCAUUGAACGGGAGAGGCCGGAAGAGCUUAGGAGAAACCUAACUUACCCGGAGGGACCUCUCAAGAUUGGUUUGAGACGUGUUAGAGAGUUGAAGAAUCGGAGGAUUCCUCAAAUACAAGUGUAUUGGGGAAAACAGAACCGUAUGGUGGUGACUUGGGAAGAUGAGGAACGAUUUCGUUCUAACUACCCAGAGUUCUUUGAAGGGGAGGCUCAGUUGGAGCAAGGAGGACCUUCUCAUACUUAA